AUGGGUCAAGAACCAUCACAUUAUCAUCAUCAUCAACCUCAUCAUCAUCAAGCUCAUCAUCAUCACCAUUCAAUCCCUUAUCCACAACCUGCUCCUUAUUGUCCACCGCCACCUGUGCCUCAGUAUUAUCCACCAGCAGUACCUCAAUAUUGUCCAACACCAGUACCUGACUAUUGUCCACCACCACCACCAUAUCCUCACCAUCAUCAUAAUCAUCAUGGACAUCAUUAUUAA